UUGACAUUCAGCUGUAUUUGCUCGCUAUAUUUGUUUUUAUUUAUUUUUGGUCACAAAAUCGCGGCGCCAAGAGAAAGUUAUUUUUGUCCACUUAUUUUGCGUUGUUUAGUUUUACACUACUAAAUUAUAACUUUUGAACUAAUGUAGCCCUGUGAUAGACAAGUGAAUAUGUAGGCUUGGAAAAAUUUUCAUAAAGCCAUACAAAACGUACCACAUCACUUUUGUUAUAAAGUGUGCUUGAAUUAGGAAAUACUGUUACUAUUUGUCUCCAUGGAUGACAAUAGUGGCAUAUUGUCCGAGGCUCUCGAAAAAAGCGAAAUCGACAGUAUUGACGAUGAUGAUAGUUUUGGAUGCGCUAUUGGAAUAGAGGAGUUAAAAUGGUGGUCCAUACCAGAGCCAAUACUAUUUCGGAUAUAUUGGAUGUUACCAAUAAAAGACUUACUAAAUGCCGGAGCCACAUGCAAGCGCUGGCACAAUCUAGCAAAUGACGAGCUCAUGUGGAAGCGGAAAUUUUUGCUGCAUUAUAAUGUAGAUUCGACGAUAAGACUUAAGCCAGGAGCAGAGUCAUGGAAAAGUGAAUAUAAACGUCUGAGCUGGAAUAUACCCUAUGUACAAGCACAGCGUAUUGAAGGCCAUACACAUCAGGUACUCCAUGUGAGCUUCUCACACAACGGUGAAAUGUUUGCUACUUGCUCUAAAGAUGGUUACGUAAUCGUCUGGAACUCAAUUCAUCCUUGUACAGAAAGGUACUCUCACAAUAUGAAACAAUUCAGCUGGAAAUAUACGCAAUAUUCGCAAUUCAACCAAAGUGACACACUACUUCUUGUAUCCGGUGUUCAUUUCGGAUCGCCGCACAGUACAUCGGGUGAAAUUGCUGUGUUUACGGUAGACGGCAAAGAUGAAUCACGUUUACGGUGCCGUGUGGUAAAUCGUCCGUACGACAUAUUCGGUACAUGGUUCAGCGAUCAAUAUUUAAUAUCGGGAGAUUUGCAUUGGCUCGCGCAUCUUCUAAGCUAUUCUGAGCUAUGGCUAAACAAAGCCAAUCAAGAAGUUGAUUCCGAGCACGUACCAAUUAUGAACAAGUUGUAUAAGUUCUAUAAUAGAAAUGCAAGUUCCGUACGGGCCAUAAUGGUUGCCAAGUGUCCAUGGUUAGACGAUUCGAAUGAUCCCUUAGCCGAGGACAAUGCAUCCAACAAUUUGAAACAGACUUCCAGUGACUUCGUUGAUAUAGAUGAAACAAAGCCAUCAUCCUCUAGUUCUGUAGGGAAUCCACUCUCACAUGCAGCCACAUUGCGUCGAUCGCAGCGUAGCGCAUCGCCCGAAAACCUAUUGGAUAUUCUUCAACAGACUUCAUCGACCUCAAAUAGAACGGUUGGGUCCGUAAAAAUUGCGCUAAAUCAUAACGAUGCGACUAUUCGAUAUUUAGAUGAAUAUCGGCGUGAAUACCCAACAGAAAAUGAGAAUGGGAAUUCAUCAGACGACUCUGAUGGAAUGGAGUGUUCAGAUGAUAAUGACGACGAAAUGGAGAGCGCUGUCCCUAAAUACUUAAUAUUCUCUACAGGCUCGAAAACAUAUACUCCACAUCAAAUUGGAAUAAAGCGUAUAAAAAAUGUAACGUUUCCAAAGAAACUCGACCCAGGACCUUCGCUAAAAGAAAGAAUAGCUGCCAAAAAAGCUGCGGAAAGAGAAAACCAACUACGGGCGGACCCCGAUUGGUGGGAUUACGAGUCAGUUGCUCACUUAUUUGACAAUGUAGAUAAAGUAAUAGACUUACAUGGGCACAUUAUUGGCAUGGCGUUAAGUCCGGAUCAUCGUUAUUUAUAUGUGAAUACACGACCUUGGCCGAAGAAUUAUAUUAUAACUAAUGCGCUGGAGCCACCACCUAUUGCACAGGAAAUUGACAUUCAUGUUAUUGAUUUGAUGACGCUUAAACGUGUUGGUAACAUGCUUCGUGCUCAUAAAGCCUAUACACCAAGCACCGAAUGUUUUUUUAUAUUUCUCGACGUAAGUGAAAAUUAUGUCGGAAGCGGAGCAGAAGAUAUGCAUGCUUACCUUUGGGAUAGGUUUUAUGGUAUAUGCCUUACCAAGUAUAGACAUGCGGACGUAGUGAAUAGCGUAGCAUUCAACCCUCGUGACCCAGAGAUGCUUGUUACUACUAGUGAUGAUUACACGAUUAAGAUUUGGAGGUCCCGGGCAAAAGCAAAGGAAUACAAUAUCGAACCUUCGAAUACAUCCGAAGUAUUCGAACUAAAGAAACGUUUUGUAUAACAACUCUAGCAGCUAGCUCGCGCCCGUGUCGCCUGUGCAAAUUUUAACAUUGAAUGUAAAGAUGAAUUUCUGAAUACGCUAACGUGAUUGAAUUUUCGUUCA